ACUGGAUGGACCACGUCCAAGUACAGUCACGUCUGAAUCUGUUGUAGUCCGUCCUAGCAGCGGCUGACAACCUUGACGGCACAGACAAUGGGGAGGUGAUAAACGGAGAUAAUCUCACAUCUUCUCGGAUAUCUUCAGCGUCCUGUGACCAAAUCACCGAUAUUCUCUUUGUUUACAUCAAAUAACAUCUCCGUGGCCUGUGAUUCACUCAUGGUGUACAGACACAUGACCCAACUGGCGUAAAGAACCAUAUAGUCCAUAGGAGAGCAACGUGCUUGGGUGUCUACCUAUUCAAAGUCUAAAAAGGUCCGAUGGGGAAAUAUUCUUCCAAUGAUGUAUUAUUGAGGAGGGCGGCAUCGUUGUGCUGUAUAUCCUUUAUCUAUUUAGCAUUAUCGGGAUUAGCGUUAAUCUCGCGCUACUGGAUCCAGGGAUCUAGUGAUGAAGCAACCUCCCUACAUCCGGGCAUUAGAAGGCAUGCCAGAGACUUGGAACUUGUGGAAGGUGACGUCCUCAACUGUACACCUAGGUCCGUGGACAACUUCCUUGGCAACUUCAUGACGCUGCAAGACACCCAGGACGGCGGCGUGGUUAUCCACAUCCUCAUCGCUUGCUACCUCAUCGGGGCACUGGCUCUCCUCUGUGACCAUUACUUUGUUGUCUCCCUUGAGAGAAUAUGCGAGGAUUUACAAAUUGAGGCGGAUGUUGCCGGGGCAACUUUCAUGGCGGCGGGAAGCUCAGCUGCAGAAUUCUUCACAUCUAUAAUAGGUGUGUUCAUCGCCAAGAGUGACAUCGGGGUCGGCACGAUCGUUGGUUCAGCAAUAUUUAACCUCCUCUUUAUAAUCGGCGUCUGUGGUAUAUUCGCUGGCGUGGUGGUGCAACUCACGUGGUGGCCCGUCUUCAGAGACACUCUGUUCUACCUGUUUUCUGUACUGGCACUGGUCAUCGUCAUCCAAGAUGGCGUCGUGGAAUGGUUCGAGGCCAUGACUUUGUUAGUGAUGUGUAUUAUCUACUUCGUUAUUCUGGCCUUUAACCGGAAACUUGAACACAUCGCACAAAAGGCGGUUAACGGCUUCCGGUCAUGCGUGAAGGGAUCAUCUGACCUGGACGACAGCGAGGUUAAGACGCCCUUGCUGCGGGGAAAACGGAGACGUUCGAUUUCAAGCGAAGGUGUUGACGUGGAAACGAGUUAUUCCGAUGUUGAAAGUCGUUCCACACAAUCGGAGGCCAUCAGCGAAUCCCACGAAAUCAGCGCCUCCUCAUCUUCUGACAAGUCCUUGCCCAAUCACCAUUCUCCUUGGAUUAUCCCGGAUUCCAUCUUCCUGAGAAUAUUUUGGGUUGCCAUGGUUCCCGUGAAAGUGUUGUUGUUCCUGACGGUACCGGACUGCCGACGUCGGACGACGUGGAGGAAGAUGUACCUCGUCACCUUUUUCAUGUCUGUUCUCUGGAUCGCCAUCUUCUCCUAUUUGUUGGUCUGGAUGGUCACGAUUGCGGGUGAUGCGCUAGAGAUCCCGGACACGGUGAUGGGUCUGACGCUCCUGUCUGCUGGCACCAGUGUCCCGGACUGUCUGGCCAGCCUGUAUGUGGCCAGGGAUGGCCUCGGUGACAUGGCCGUCUCGAAUUCCAUCGCAAGCAACGUCUUCAACAUUCUCAUGUGCCUGGGGUUACCAUGGUUACUGGAGACCGCCGCAGUCAACGUAGGCGAGACCGUCACCAUCAGCAGCGGGGCCCUGUUGUACGACUCCAUCAUCUUGCUGGUGACGGUGGCGCUCCUCAUCGCGGCGCUCUUCGUCAACCGCUGGAAGCUGAAUGUGAAGCUCGGCAUGUUCUGCAUAUUCACCUACGUCGUCGUCAUAGGAGUGUCGUGUCUCUUCGAGAUGAACAUAUUCGGCGACCUGAACCUCCCGGCAUGUCCGAGAUAACGUGGAUACGGUUGAGCCACUGUUGAGCCAAUGUUGUUGUGGGAACCUCGCACAUGUAUCCUCGCCAUGACACUGGCCGGUUCCACGUGUAUACAUCGGGGGAUAUACAGCGAACAUACACAAUCUAUCGGGUUAAACAUAGUUCGUCACAAACGGAGUACUGAUAAGGUUUCGCUCGUUUGCCUCAAGUGACAUCGUCUGAAACGACAUAUAGUUCGUAGUUAGAAGUUUCACUGUAUAUUUAUAUGACACUCUCUGGUAAAUCUGAAACCCUACCAUACAUCGAGCGUGCUCUUGAAUUUUAACUUCAUCUCUUCACGAGAUUUUUAUGAACAUUAAUUUUAUCAGAAAACAAUAUUCUCUGUACUAGGCGGGGUAAUUCAAGCAGUGGUUGGAUGCUUCUCAUAUCCUCUGAAAACUGAUUUUACUUCAUGGAAUUGUGAUCAGCGAGUCCUACUCCAAGUCCUGCUAUAUGCUCACACUCACUCACUCACUCACUCACUCACCCACUACGAGCCAAGCAUAACCAGUAUAACACUGGGGGAUGCAUGAAUGACACACACAAGACUAAAUGGCCCACUAACAUAAAGCCAGCUUAGAGCCACGAGACCCGUGAAGAUCCGGGGGAGAAUGGGUCUUCAGCAACCCAUGCUUACUGUGAUAGGCGACUAUACUCGUCGCAAAAGGCGACUAACGGG